UGAUUGAGGCAAAGAAAUAUAUGUAUAUAUAUAAAAUAAUAAAAAAUAUAUAUUUCAAAAAGUAGAUAUAAAAACUAUUCAUUGGUUGCAGAACUACCAAUAUAUCUACCAAUAUAUCAUAUAUCUGAUUCUACUGCCAGAUGGCAGCAGCUCAAAUAGGUUAGUAGCCUAUUGGUUAGUAUAGGUAGGCCUAAUUGUGUAUAACACAAUUAUCUCAUAUCCAUGAGAUAAUAAUAAUAAAAAAUACAUUUUAUUUGGAGCACCUUUCAAGAUACUCAAGGACAAUUUACCGGGCAUAAUAGUCAGUGGUAGAACGGAGAUGGCCAUGUCAUUUUUUUCUGUUUAGUUUUUCACUGGCUGCCUCCCUAGCCUGGUACAGUAUGACACGCCCAUAAUACUUCUUUUCAUUCAUAUUAUAUGAAUGAAAUUAUGUAUUAUGGGCGGGUCAUACCAGGCUACUACCUCCCUCCAUAUGGUAGGUGCAGUAAAGGGGGAUGCAGUGAUGCAUUGGCAUCCCCACUUUUGGGUUCCCUAAAUGAGGCUUUCUCAACUUUUACUGCAGACAAAUGAGUGGACUGCAGCAGCAGUAACAUUAAGAAACUAAGAAUUAAGAAUGGGUGUGAUGUGUUUAUUUUUUAUUCUUUGGCUGAUCAAUAUAAUUAUAUGAAUAUGGAAUGGAAUAAAUAGGCCCUACCGACUUCCCAGUUGAAGUGGCUAUCUAUCCCCCUCUCAAAAAAAAAAUGUGACACCUCUUUAAAACUCGUAGCCUCCCUCCCUCCCUCUGUUUGUUUAUCAAAAGGGCUUGGCAGAGGGAGGAGCAUUGUGAGUGGCUUGCUACAAUGUUGUGCUUACUACCCGUCUGGCAGGUGGAUCAAGCUAGGUAAGGGAACAGAGUAGACACAGAAGAGAAGAGAACUCUUUAUGUACCAGCGACAAUAUAAUAAGGACAACCUGUCAUAGCGAUAGAUAUAAAAAGACAGCCAGAGAGAGAGAGAGAGAGAUAGAUACAGAGAGAGAGAGAGAGAGCAAAAGAGAAAGAGAAAGAGAGAGAGAGCCUGUUGACAAUCUUACAGUCAAAUCCCCUUCCUCUCAGCAUCCGCUUGCUCGUUCGCUGACGAUGAGAAGUUUGGUGGUUUUGUGUUUCUUGUCGUUCUCUCUGCUGGCCUUCAUGGUGUACCAGGCUGCCAUUCAGGAGUUGUCCAUCCAGACCAACACUGCCCGUGUCAAGCUUGCCAAGGAGCUGGAGAAGGUGAAACAGAACGAGAUCUGGGCCCUCAAGGCACAGGUGAGCGACGUCCAGCGAGAGCACAAUAAUCUCGGGGACAGCGAAGACCAACUGGCCAAGCAGAUGGAGCAGGUGGACAAGGACACGGCUGACUCGCAGAAAAGCAUAGAGACCUGCAGAGCAGAGAAGCAGGAGAAAGAGAACCAGAGAGCUAAACUCACUGAUAUUUUGGAAAAACUGAGAGAGGCCCAGGAGGCUGAGAAGGUGAAGGCCCAGGAAGACAUUCAGAAGCUAAAACAGCAGCUGCUGGACAGAGACCAGGCAAUCUGCGCUUUCGUGGACAAAGCACAACCAGAGGGAAUGAAGUUAUGUGGAUUAUAGCUGUCACUCUCUACAAAAUCACCAGCUGCGCAAAUGUGGAAACACACCCAUAAUCCACCACACCUCUUUGUUGUAUGGUUGUAUGUUAUGUCGUCUGUUUUUUAUUGUUGUUUGUUCUCAGGAAAAUAAACAGAUGCCAAAAGUUCAUUUGAUAUUUUUGCAUUUAAA